AAGAAAUAAAUUAAAAAUUGUACAAGAAAAAAAAAAAAAUUUCCUAAUAUUUGAUAAGACAAUGACAAAGCUACAAAUCUAGUUACAGAACCAUAUAAAAGAGUAAACCUUUCCUUUCGCUUUCACUCUCAAAGCCCCUUCAGUUACUACUAUUCUGAUCUUAUUGUUGUCAUUACUAUUAUUACUUGUUUUUUUUGGCUUCGAGAACUGUGCUUUAGAUCUUUGUGGUGUUCUGUUUCUUCUUUGCCAUAUACUUCCUUAGCUUUUCCAUAAAACACAGAGAAAAAAAAAAGCUCAAAGUCUCUUACUUUUUGGCUUCUGUGUUUUUGUCUUCCAUUUUUCCCUUUUCUAUUUUCAUUCAAAAAGUUUUGGAUCUUUCUUCUCAAAUUCCAUUUUUUUUAAGUCUGUAGAAGAAUAUGCGAUUUUCUAUUUUCAAGCAAAACCCCAUGUUGGUACUUCUCAGGAAAAAAAAAAACUGAAUCUAUGUUGGUCCAUUUGUGUUGUCAUUUUUGUUGCUUUUAUGGUGUCUCUUCCUUAUCUUGAUUUCAAUCCAAAAAAAAAUAAAACUACAUGGCUUUGAAGCUUCUCUUUUCUGUUUCUUUGUUUUCUUUGAUGGAAAAUGAAUUUUUUUUUUAAAAAAAAUUAUAUGCCCUUCUAAUUACAUGUUGACUAAAAAGUGUUAAACUUGAAGUCCACUCUAGCUCCCCUGUUUAUAUUCUUUCUUUUUCUUUUCUUUUUUUUUUUUUCUUUUCUUUUUUUCUUCCUCCCGCCCCCCUCCCCCUUUUACGACUUUGUUGUAAGUUUUAUUUAUAACACCAAAUGAAGUUUUUGACUUCUAUCAAUCUUUUAGUCUUUGUUAUUUUCAUCAUCUUCUUGUUUGGUUGGUGCUAUGGGGAAGAAGAUAUUGAUGUAGCUCCAAUGGAGAAAACAGAGAAGGAAGCUCUUUACUCUGCUAUACAAGGCUUUGUGGGUAAUGGUUGGAAUGGCUCAGAUCUCUAUCCAGAUCCUUGUGGGUGGACUCCCAUACAGGGUGUUUGCUGUGAUCUAUUUGAUGGACUUUGGUAUGUGACUGGUUUGAAUAUUGGACCAAUUCAUGAAAACUCUCUUGGUUGCACCAGAAAAACGGAAUUUAGACCACAACUAUUUGAGCUCAAGCACCUCAAAACCUUAUCUUUCUUCAAUUGCUUCAUUUCUCCCCAUAAACACCCAGUUUCUAUUCCCACUGUGAAUUGGGAGAACUUUGCUGGAAGCUUAGAAUCAUUGGAGUUUCGAUCGAACCCGGGUCUAAUUGGACAAAUUCCUGCUAUUUUUGGUAGCCUUGUAAAGCUUCAAUCAUUAGUAUUUCUUGAGAAUGGAUUAACAGGUCGAUUACCAUCAGAAAUUGGCAACUUAGUUAACUUGAAACGUCUUGUUCUAUCAGGAAACAAGUUUACCGGUCGAAUUCCCAACACUUUUGGUGCAUUGAAUCAGCUUUUGAUUUUUGAUUUGAGUAGGAACUCACUAUCUGGGCCAUUACCUUUGACUCUUGGAAGCUUGACUUCACUUUUGAAGCUUGAUUUGAGCAACAACUUAUUGGAAGGUAAGCUACUUAGUGAAAUAGGUAGUUUAGAAAAUUUGACUCUUUUGGACCUCAGAAACAACAACUUUUCUGGUGGAUUGCCUCAGUCAUUUGAACAGUUGCAUUCAUUAGAAGAAAUGGCGUUAUACAAUAACCCAAUUGGUGGAGACCUUAUGGGCCUAGAUUGGCAAAAGCUACAGAAAUUAGCAAUCUUGGAUCUCUCAAACACUGGUUUGGCAGGAGAGAUUCCAGAGUCUAUGACAGAGUUAAACGGACUGAGGUUUUUGGGUCUUAGCAAUAACAAGAUCUCUAGCAAUCUGCCACCAAAGCUUGCCAAUCUGCCAUGCCUUAGUGCUAUGUACCUAAAUGGAAAUAACCUGACAGGGGAGCUUAAAUUCUCUGCAUGGUUUUAUGGGAAAAUGGGAAGGCGUUUUGGGGUUUGGAAUAACCCAAAUCUGUGCUAUCCUAUUGGGUUGAUGCCAGCAAGCAAAGCUCCAUUUGGUGUGAAACCAUGCCAGCCAGAGCUCAAAUUGCUACAACAAAACUCAGAAACCCAGUUGGGUGAUUCCAAUCUCAAUCAGAUAUCCAAGUUCGUUGCCUCUUUGGGAUCCUCCAUCAAUAGCAUUGAUGGGUUUUGGUGGGUUUAUCCAUUGGAGCUAUUAAUGAUGUUUAAAUUAUUAUAUUUGUUCCUAUAGCUUCCUUUUUUCGUUUCCUUUUUUUUUUUUUUUUUU